UUGGCACCACAGAGGCGCACGGCAGCAGCGGCGCGCCGCCGGGGAGAGCGCGGCGGAGCGGCAAUGUGAAGGUGGAAUGCGACCGCGCGACACUGUCACUGCUUUCUGUUUCUGUACACAUUCCAACACAGGGAGAGGAGUUUUUUUUUUUUUUUUUUUGCUGUAAAUCACUGGAAAUAAACUGGCUUGUUUGUCCGCCUUCUCGCUGCACACCUUCUCAGAAUUUGGCUGGAACGCGCAGAGAUUUGAUGAGGAGCGUCAAUCGCAACCACUGGGAUCAUUUAAAAAAAAAAAUCGCAUCACUUAAGUGUACCGUGAGGAUUGUCUCGUGUUUGAUGGGAUUAUUUUCCGCAGACGUGUUUUGUUUUAGACAGAAGAAAAACAUCUUGACAGCAUGAGUUCCGGCGCAACACCCUAUCACCAAGGCCCGACAAGCAGUGAGCGGAGCUCUGGACCAAUCCAGUGUAAACGUUGCCGGGAAGUGUGUAAAGGAGAGGUGGUGCGAGUACAGGACACCCACUUCCAUGUAAAGUGCUUCACCUGCACUGUGUGUAACUGUGACCUGGCUCGAUCGGGUUUCUUCCAGAAGAAGGACGAGUAUAUCUGUACGACAGAUUAUCAGCGUCUAUAUGGCACACGCUGUGACCGCUGUGAGAACUUCAUCACAGGAGAAGUGGUCUCUGCUCUGGGACGUACUUACCACCCAACGUGCUUCGUCUGCAGCAUCUGCAGUAAACCCUUCCCCAUCGGAGACAGAGUGACGUUUAGUGGAAAGGACUGCGUGUGCCACCAGUGCUCUCUCACUCUGGUCAAAUCAAAUGAGCCAGUCAAGAUCCACGGGCCCAGCCACUGUGCAGGAUGUGGUGCUGAGAUUAAACAGGGUCAGUCACUGCUGGCGCUGGAGAAACAGUGGCAUGUCAGCUGUUUCAGAUGUCGCACCUGCAACAUGGUCCUCACUGGAGAGUACAUCAGCAAGGAUGGAGUGCCAUACUGUGAGGCUGAUUACCACGCCCAGUACGGGGUGAAAUGUGAGACGUGCAGCAGAUACAUCAGUGGAAGGGUUCUGGAGGCAGGAGGGAAACACUACCAUCCAACAUGCGCUCGCUGUGCCCGCUGCAACCAGAUGUUCAAAGAGGGAGAGGAAAUGUACCUGACAGGAUGUGAGGUGUGGCACCCGUUAUGCAAGCAGGCAGCGAGGGCAGAGCGGCGACUCAGGCACAGACGCCUGUCGGAGACGUCCAUCUCUCCUCCGGGCUCCUCCAUCGGCUCGCCCAAUAGGGUUAUAUGUGCCAGAGUGGAGAAUGAGAUCCUAGAUUAUAAGGACCUAGCUGCCCUGCCAAAGGUCAAGACCAUAUACGAGGUCCAACAGCCAGACCUCAUAUGUUCCUCAUACCAGCCCUACCACAGAUACACGUCUGAUGACAGGCUAGACACUUACAGCUAUGGGGAGUCGCUUGGGACCCUUUCUCCCUAUUCUCAGGACUUUGACAGCCUGGACAUGAAGCAGAGGUGCUGCUCCAGUCCAGGUUACAUCGACUCUCCGAUAUAUAGUCGUCAAGGCAUGUCGCCCAUCAUGCCUCACUCUCCACAGCACUACGGCUACACUGGUCAGUUGAUUACUGCAACCAAAUCCGAAUGGGACCAGGAGGACAUCCUCAGAUCAUCCAGACUGUCCACCUACUCUCCUGAGUCACACACUCAGCCUGAGUCCGACUAUUCUCUCUUUCAUCUCUUUCCCCGCUCAGCAUAUUGGGCACCAAGAAGACGGUUCUCAACAGGAGGAGAUGAAGAGAGUUGGAGUCACAGCCUUCAAAGAAUUGGGAGUGGCAUCGGGAGGAUGAUCUUAAAGGAGGAGAUGAAAGCGAGAUCUGGUUCCUAUGACACUGACCCUUGGGGUAGUGUAAGAAAUUCUCGUAGUGGGAGCAAGGAAACGCUGAACACUACAGGCUACGGCACCACAGCAUACAACAGUGUCAACGGAUCUCCUCGAUCUCACUUCACUGCGGAUACAUCCGAUUUUGCUUGUAAAUCAGCCUCGCUGCCCGGAUACAGACGCAACGGCAUUCAGAGGCCUCAGAGUGCUGAUUGUUACCACUACCAAUAUGACACCAGCAGUGACGUCAACUGGGGAAGCAGAGAAUACAAGAUUUACCCCUAUGAAGCUCUUAUUGUCACCACCAGGGGGCGGAACAGGCUGCCAAAAGAUGUAGACCGAGCCAGACUGGAGCGUCACCUGUCACCAGAGGAGUUUGUCCAAGUGUUCAGCAUGACCAUGGAGGACUUUGACCGCCUGGCUCUGUGGAAGAGGAACGAGCUUAAGAAACAGGCCCGGCUCUUUUAAUAAAGACAAACACUGCCACAACAAGAGCAAAGGAGAGAAAAGAAAGACUUCUACUCUACUUUCACUGCCAUGGCUUAGAACCUGUUGGAGAUUGCCUCGUGCUACGAACCAAAAUCUGGACACACCAGCAAGGAUUUCUAGGAUGCAUACGCACAGACGGAGUGGAAAUGCCACAGAUAGAUUUGCACAGAUAACCUGUGGCUUCUAGUGCUUCAGUAUUCUAUCCUCCUUUUAAAUAGCCACUGAGUAGACUAGCACAGCUGGAGUGGUGUGUAAGCAAUAGAGACUUGUUGUUGCCAUGUACAGUAGUGUUGUGCUUAUCUUUGAGAUGGAAGAUGGAUAAAGGUGCAACUUUGCAUCCAUAAGGGCCAUCGCAGCAGU